AUGGAGCGUAUGUUUUCGCACCUUGCUCGCCAAAUACUCUCUAGGCAUCAUCCAUCAUGUGGUCCGAAUGACAUUUUUCUUAAUAGCUGCGCAAGACAGCUUAUCGCCGCCUCAAUUGGCGAAGUUGUAGAGGUCAUCCCGGUAUCUGAUAGUGGCCGUAAGACUCUGUUUGGUCGCGCUGAAGAAGCGCCGUUUGCACGUGCUGGACGCAUAGUAUUCGAAGUAUCGUUUUUCCGCGCGUCACAAAAGGGUUUGUCAUGGACACAUAAUCCUAACAACCAUGCAGCGGCGCAACAUGUCAUCAAUUUUGACCAUCUGGAAGUGGUAGCCAGAGAAUCGCUAUUAAACCAUGUACUGCAUCUGACACAAAGUGUAGCUAUAGUACAGGCUGGGCUGACACUUCGUCUAAGAGUGACGAAAAUCGUCCCAACAGGGCCUAAUAAACAGGGUGAAUCUGUGGAUAUGUUGAUGAGAGGAUGUUUUGUAGAGGAAACCAAGCUUGAUUUCAACUAUGUCUCAGCUGAUGGGAGACAACAUGCGAUACCAUCAAAGGAAGCAGGUAUAUUGAAACCCAAUUUCAACUUUGAAGAAAUGGGUAUUGGUGGUCUUGAUAAUGAAUUUGCUGAUAUAUUCCGUCGAGCGUUCGCCUCACGGAUAUACCCACCGGAGCUAUUAAAGCAACUCGGUAUAUCGCACGUAAAGGGUAUGCUACUAUACGGUCCACCGGGUACCGGUAAGACGCUCAUUGCGAGGCAGUUAUCCAAGGCGUUAAAUUGUCAUAAACCAAAAAUAGUAAAUGGGCCGGAAGUCAUGAGCCGGUUUUUUGGUCAAUCGGAGGAAAAUAUUCGUAACCUUUUUAAGGAUGCAGAGGAAGAAUAUGCACGGCUAGGGGACCGAUCCAGUUUACAUAUCAUUAUAUUCGAUGAAAUUGACUCUAUUUGUCAACGUAGAGGAACGGAUACUUCCGGUACAGGGGCCCGUGAUAGCAUUGUAAACCAGCUAUUGUCAAAGAUAGACGGUAUUGAUGCACUGAACAACAUCCUUCUUAUAGGUAUGACAAACCGUAUAGAUAUGAUUGACGAGGCACUUUUACGACCAGGUCGUUUUGAAGUACAUAUUGAAGUAGGACUUCCUGACAAAGCUGGUCGUUGUCAGAUACUUAAGAUCCACACCCGUGUGAUGCGUGAAUCCAAACGUCUCGCGGAUGAUGUUGACCUUGAUGAGAUAUGUGCACUUACCAAAAAUUAUUCAGGAGCUGAGCUUGAAGGUAUGGUGAAGUGCGCAGUAUCAUAUGCUAUACAACGUCAUGUGGACGGUAGCGAUAUUACCAAACCGAAAGAUAUGGACAAGAUCAUAGUAACACAAGCUGAUUUCCUAUUGGCAUUGAAUGAAGUAAGACCAGCAUAUGGUGUAGAUUCAACCAACCUGACUGGGUUCACUCGUCAUGGUAUUGUACCGUUUGGACACAAAUUCCAUCAGGUACUGGAAACAUGUACUAUUUUGGCAGGACAGGUUCAAAAAUCUGAAAAAACACCGGUACUGUCAGUAUUGCUUCACGGUCCAGUUGGUUGCGGUAAAUCAGCUUUAGCAGCUCAUGUCGCAUCUGUUACAAAUUUCCCGUUCGUCAAGGUUGUAUCGCCAGAGAACUACAUUGGUCUAUCGGAACUGGCAAGAGUAAAUGCUAUACACAAGGCCUUCGAUGAUGCGCAUAAGACGCCACAGUCGUUGAUUAUUCUGGAUGACAUCGAACGACUUAUCGACUACACCCCGAUAGGACCACGUUUCAGUAACACCAUCAUGCAGUGUUUACUAAUCCUGAUUAAGAAGGCCCCUAAACAUGGGCGCCGCAUUUUCGUCAUUGGUACAACGUCAGAGGAUUCAUUCAUGGAGAUGGCCAACGUAACACAGGCUUUCACAGUUUCUGUGGAAGUUCCAAUGGUCACAGGAUCAACGGAGAUCUAUCAAGCGCUUUCAGGAGCACCUCCAUCGGAAGUGCCGUUUUCGGAGGAUGAGAUUAGACAGGUGGCUAAUUGCGGCCGUAUCAGCGAGAUAGGUAUCAAGAAUCUGAUGUUAGCACUGGAGAUCGCAGUUCAACGUACCGUAGAAGAAGUAGUGGUAGUGCGCCCCGGGUUAUAUCUGGAUAUCCGUUGGAUUUUCAGGGGUAUGUGCGUAGCUGCGGCAGCCACGGGUACCGUGGUGUGCCUACGAAGUCCAGACAGUUCACUCUACACCUUUAUUAUACCGCUCAUAAGGACAUAUCUGGACCCAGAAAUGGCUCACAAAUUGAGUUUGACGGCAUUGAAGUUAGGAAUUGCACCAGUUGAUUACUCAGUUGAUCCGCCGGUUAUCCAGAGUCGUAUCAAAGAUGUUGUAUUCUUCAACCCUAUUGGUAUGGCAGCGGGAUACGAUAAACAUGUAGAGGCACCCCUUGAAAUCUUGAGAUUAGGUUUCGGGUUCAUAGAAUUAGGAACUGUUCUACCACUUCCACAGGAAGGUAACCCCAAACCCGUCCUUUUCCGCCUUCACAACAGCAAGGCGCUAGUGAACCGUUGCGGAUUCAAUAGUGUUGGCCUUGAUGUUGCACUACCUAGACUGAGACGUGUUCGUCAAAAACAAGCUGAUGAUUUACUUACAAAAGAUUUCAUGAUAGGCGUCAGUGUCGGGAAGAACCUACAUGGAGACAUCAUUGCGGACACCGUUCACGUAAUUAAGGGAGUUGCACGUUAUUCGGACUAUCUAGCUUUGAAUGUGAGCUCGCCAAAUACUCCACAUCUCCGCGAUAACCAAAGACGUGAGCCUUUAAUAGCACUGAUCAACGCUGCCCGUGGAGCAAUCGAACAUGUCAUUUCUGAAAUCAAGGCUGAAGGCGGCAGUUUUAGUAAUACGACAAAAAAGGCGCCACUAUUACUUAUAAAGAUAUCUCCCGAUCUAAGUCGUCAAGAACUUGAGGAUAUUGCCGAUAUUGCAUUAACACAAAAUGUCGACGGUAUAAUAGCGACAAACACCACGAUUACCAGGCCGGAUGUCUCUCCUGAUGAGCUUGAGAAAGCGGGUAAUCCCGCUGGAGGAUUAAGUGGGCGGCCACUGAAGAAGUUAUCGAAACGACUGGUAUACGAUCUUUACGAGUUGACCGAAGGAAAGGUGCCGAUAAUAGCUUGUGGCGGUAUUUCUAGUGCUCAGGAUGCGCUGGAGAUGAUAGAAUCGGGCGCUACACUGUGUCAAAUGUUUACUGGUUUGGUGUAUGAGGGGCCGGGACUACCAAGCAGAGUGAAGAAUGGUUUGGCAGAACUGUUGAUGCGCAAAGGAUAUGUGAACGUAUCCGAAGCUAUCGGUGCAGAACAUCAAAUCUGGGAGCAGCGCAGCAGCACCGAAUCUGAAGUGAGCAGUGAUGAUGAUGUACAUGUUAAAAGAGUGCCACUAUUCGAUCGGUUGCUGCCAGCAUUUGGCAAAUCCAGGCCUGAGCCGGUAUCGCAAACAUCAACAGAGUCUGAGUCCACAAGUAGCUCUGAAUCGGUAGCUUAUGAAAGUCAUACCGAAAGCGAGAGCUCCAAGGCAUCGGAGGUAGAAGAGGCUGCCGAGUAUGACGCCGAUUGGCGACGUCUACAACAUGUACGUGCUGCAAAUCGGCAAUCCCCAGCUACAUUUGGUGACUGGAAAGCACAUCCACGUGCAUGGGAUAGCGUUUUCUAUAUAUCUUCGAUGCAUAACCUAGAGAAUGUAGAGCAAAGCUUCUUCUAUUGUAUAAGAGUACAACAUGUCAAUGAACGAAUUUCAGGAUCGAGCGGACUAGGUAAUCUAACAAUGUACACACAGAGAUUCACUCUAAAACCCGGUGAAGAUUUUAAGUUGGAAACACCACUUUUCAUCUGGAAAAAAAGAAGGUUGACCUUGCCAUAUGGACAGUUGCAGCACUACGUGAUCGAAAUCGAAUUGUGGAAAACACAUCGACUACGCAUAAAUUCGCUUCACGCAUCGCAAAGGAUAACAUUUCAAGAUAUCAUAGAACGAAACUCAAACAUCAACAUCACUCUCAACAUGUACAUACCCAACCAAGUCGCUGGAGGCACUAGUGGAUUACCUUCUGACGCAGGAAUGAUAACAGAAGCUUCCGAGCGUAGAUACCCAGUACAUAAACUGUCGGUAUUUCUCCUGCUCGAGGAGGUGUUCGAUUUCUUUUUUGUCUUUGAAAAUUGGUGGUUCACAAUGUCACCGGAACUGCCUGAUGCUGUCAAGGAGCUGCCCAAGACACUGAAGAUAUCGGUACCUUCCGCUAUGGGUAGUGCUUGGCAGAGCCGCACUACAGGCGCAGCAACAUCGGCAUAUUGGUCAGCACCAGGCACUUUCCGUUUCCAAGGUACACUGCGUCAGUUGAGAUAUGCGUCAUUCACAGCAAAGGUUUACUGUGUUCACCGAAGUAGGUUCAUAAGCCGUCCUCCCGCUUUACUUGGUACUUGCGUGUUAUCGUUGAAGUCGGUACAGGAAUUGCCGCUGGUACGUGGUGUGGUCAAAAAGUUGACCUUGGGUACCAGAAAUAUGUUCAGUGGUACAAUCCAAGGUAACAUUAGAUGCUGUAUCAAGAGUUGUACUGUCAACUUUUUUGAAGAUCUAAAAUCAAGGCCAGCACAACCGAUUACAGGUUCUGCCCUAAUAACACAGCUCGACCACCGUUGUCACUAUCUAGUGGUACGAGUUAUUAGAUGUUCUAGUCUACCAGCAUCUAAUACCGAUUCGAAUACUUCAGACCCCAUGGUCAAGGUAAAAUGGGACGGUAUUGUGAACUGUACUGGUGUUGUGGAAUCUACGGUAUCGCCAAUAUACAAUCAAAACAUGUACUUCCCAAUCCAUCUUGUAGACAACAGAGAGCUUACAGAUCCCGCGUUGAUACGUCACAGUCUACCUGUAGAUAUGUCAUCCAAGGGUCCUGUAAUGGUAGAAGUGUGGGACCAUGACGAUGCUUCCAGCGAGUUCCUGGGAUCUGUAGAGGUACCUUUAUCUAAGUUGUAUACGCAAGGUGUGCUACAACGACGUAGUCUCGUAGAUGGGAUUUUCAGUGCAGGUUCAUAUGAAGCCGAAAUGGAUGAUGAAGAUGAGUUCGAGGAAGAGCCGACAUUAACAUACACUGGUGAUACAGCCUCCAGUGCACCUUAUCGACGUCACAUGACAAGGCUAUACGAGGCAACACUACCAUUGACAGGUUCAACAGUGGCGCACCGAGGUAGAAAACCAACGGUAUCUGUAGAAAUGUAUAUUCUUCCGCCAAUGCCUAACGACCUGUACAUACCAGACGAGCCGAAGAAACAUAUACGUACAGACAUCUAUCGUGACCUAAGUAGACGUUGGACAAAAGAUUUUGAUGCGUGGCAGACAGCAUAUUGCGACCGGUUUCCGGGCGCUAUUCCACGCCGUAGGUUUACUUGUGUAACUAAGUGUGCCGCGAAUGUGAAUGAAAAUAUGCAAUCGGAUUUAAUGCCACUCUGUUAUUUCGUCAAACCCAUCCAAGUAUACAUACAACUAUCACCUCCAGGAGAGUUGAUGCAUUGGAUAUCGAACUUCACUUACAAAGAUGAUGGUAUGGCAUCAAUUGGAGGACGUAUUCUUAUAGAGUCAUGGCAGAUGCCCUCGAGGUUCGUGCUUACACGAAAAGGUGGCCUUCAUGACCGAGCACUAUUGCUGUGUAGCUGCCUCUUGGGCCUUGGAUACGACGCCUAUGUUUGCAAGGGCACGCUGGAAAAUGGUUAUAGGGAACAUUGCUGGGUAAUGACACGUCAUGCCGAUGGUACAGUAACAUUUUGGGAAACUGCCAACAAGCGUAUGUGGCACCUUCCCAGACGAUGGAGGACGCAUGUGAAGGAGGAUGUAUCGCAGCACGAAAAUAUCGUUAAGGCUAGUGGUAAUUACGCGCCUAUUCAGGAAACGCAACAGGCUCCAGAGCAAAAACCGAAUAACAAGACUUACAUACACCCGGGGUUACAACGACCACGAAAAAGGCUUAUGGAUUAUGAGCUUUAUGGCAAUGACUAUGUAGCGGACGUUAAAGUUGACCUUCGUAAAAUAUUCAGCGGCAACGAAUUUAUCACAGAUGCUAACUCCUCGCUACCGAAACAAACUGCCUUCCUUGUAGACAAUCGUCAGUUAGACAAGGCUGCUCGUAGGCGGAGCACGUGUGAUCCGAAGUCAUAUCUACUGGUUCCGGGAGAGACGCUAGUCUAUUUACCAUAUUCCACUCUUGAGGUUGUUUUCAAUGAUAAGCAGGUUUGGGGCAAUAUGCAAUCACAACACCCUAGCUGCAUCACAUAUGAUCUGGAUUCCCAAGAUGCCUGGAAACCGUUUCUAAAAGUGUCACCCAGCGAUCCCAUAAUGCCAGAUGUACAAAUUACUGCGCCGGCACCACAAGCGGUUUGCGUUGCCACAUCUCGCGAAAUAUUGACAGAUAUCAUAGAGAUGAUAGAGCUCAUGUACGCACAGAAAGGACGAGUAGCCAAUAUUGCACGUGACCAACAGAUGGACGAACGCUUAGACUCUCUUAUUGACCUAUUAGAAUUCCGGCAACGUCUUGAUGGUCAGUUCGAUCCUGGCAUGCCGCCUCAUCUACUAGGAUGGAGUACGAAACGAUCCAGCAAGAUCCGAGCUAGUAAUACUGCCGGUAAGGAAAGAGCUAAGAAAACUGUAGGCGAAAAUGCUGCUGAAUCGGCUCCAAAAGUCUCACUACCGAUUACUGUAAAUGGCCAUAUGACGGCUGACGAUGACAAAUUGCGCCAGAUGCGUAGUGUCAUGGAGACUGCUAAUCAACUCGCUGAGUGCAUAAAGGAUAAGGACGAUGACGAGUAUGACUCCGACGAAACCGCCGCAUCAACGGACGACAGUUUGGUGUUUGAUCCUUCAGUUGCCCAUGUAACUCAGAGAACAGAGGAAGGGAACCGUCGCAAUCUGCCACCUCAAACACAAUCUCGUCCUAAGAGAACAUGGGGGCUAGGACUCGCUUCUAAUAUGAAAGCUAUACUUAAGUCUGCCCCUAGGCAUAAUGCUAUGCCUGAAGGUAAUCUUAACACGGCUGUAAGUGCUCCUGUUCCACGGUAUAGCUGGUAUGCUACCAUAUCGCACGCAGGUUUUCGAUUACGAAAGUCGUCGGUAAAGAUUAAUGUUCCUCAACUGGAAAUUAUGAGAGUUUUGUCAAAUGCUUCAGAACAUCUUGUAACUAGUAAUGUGGAGGAGCUAUCUGACUACCGAUAUGAGGUAGAGGCAGUAUCAUCUCCAAAGUCUGAAGGUGAUGCUGAUGUUCCUACUCCCUUGUCAGCGUUCGGUGAUGUGAUAGGGCCAUUACCAUGGAACCAUCCACUUUCAGACUACAAGCAGUGCAUCACAUCGGCUGUCCAUCUCAAGGCCCCGGCUGCAAACAAUAACCGACAACAGCCCAGAGGUAUCCGACUACCGGCUGCUUCCGGACAAAGGCAAGGCAAAAGAAUCGCGAAACCCAGACGUAACCUGCUCGGAAACCUAUUGAACCGCUUCAGAUCGAAUGAUGUACCUGAGGCCCACACUCUACCACAGUUUAUGGCAGACAUGCAAUCUGUGGUUAACGAGCGUAAAUUUACGCCUCAAUAUAUGGAACACCGUUUUACAAUACCAAACGACUUCCGAAUACAUGAGAGCAAACAAAUUUCAAAAUGGAACUGGUAUUACAAUAUGGAAGCACGUCAGUUUGCUUGGAGGCGGCAUCUACCUAUACCACCAAACCACACCUUCAUUGGAGUACCAAUACACUUCUCGACGAGUGAUAUCAAUGAGAUUCGUCAUCUGCUAGACUGUAGCAAACGAUGCAAGAAGCUACUGGUCCCUGAUGUCGAGAGAUGUGUCAAUGUGGUUUAUGUCAAGGUAUUUCCGCUAGUAGGCGGUGUUUUCUCCACGUGGAUAUUCCUAGGAUGCCACGUACCUUGGAACCUACAAUAA